AUGACGAACAAGGUUUCGGACGACGAGUUUGGGGAGUACAUAAACGGAUCACCGCUGAACGUCCCUCUAGAUACAGGAAUGAAAAACUCAGCCGAAUUCACUAAGGCCAAGGUAACGACGGAUUCCGGAUUCGGAACGAGUGGGACUAGGCUCGAACAAAUUCAUCAAUCGGACCAAUUGAGAGUAACUUCUGAGCAGGAAUCUGAUGAAGACAUGGAAAAUUACUUGAUCUUUGAACGGGAUUUGAGAAUUUUUCGAUUUUUUGGUGAUAUAUUGGGCGUUGAUAUGGAAUUCGAUUGGAAGCCUGGGUUUCUGUUUUGUGUCAGUUUGUUUCUCAUUUUUGUGAUUGUCUCUCAACUAACAUACACACAAUAUCUGCACGUCGUAAAUAAGAACUACUAUAGGCUUUUGGAGACGUUGGCGUGCUACGGCAUCACGAUAUCGAUGGUGCUAAAAAUUGUGACAUUCCUCAAAAGUUUUCGAGCGGCAAGAGCACUAAUCAAUUCUACAAUGAGGGUGUGUAAGGCGAAUAAGGGUGGUGGUCGAGCAGCUAAAGUUCGAGACCGUUUACUAUACAAUUCUCGAUUCUACAUGUGGACCACCAUUGUUGUCAUGGCAUCAAUUACCAUUUUUCUCGCUUAUCCAACAAAAGCUUUUUUUGUGGAUCAUGAAUUUGUUCCCUUACUGCCAAUCGAAUAUAUGUUUGUGGACUUGUCAACAUUGUCUGGAUUUAUUACAGCAAACCUAAUAUCGUCGCUUUUGGGCGUUUUUGCCAACGUUGCUACCGUGUAUUCCAUCCUAAUGAUUGUCUCAAUAAUUCUGAACUACUCCAUAUUCGUUGAUAUGUUUGAAGAAGAUGUGAAGUCUUUAGAUGAGAUGUGGAGCAGUGCAUUAGAUACAAGUGUCACGUAUCGACAUUCUUUCUUAAGAAACAUGUGUCGGAAACAGCAAGACAUGGAUGCAUACGUUGGAGAAAUAAAGAGACUUCUGGACGACUACAUUUUUCAUUACUUCAUUGCUUCAUAUUUGGGUCAAAUCAUUUGUUUGUUUCAAAUUGUCGUCAGUGAUUGGAAAAGUGGUUACGCCAUUGCAUAUGGUAUGUUUUUGGAAAUGAUGUUCUAUUGUCUAAUGGGAACGAAGAUAUCAUCUGAAAACGAACGAAUUAUGAGUGCCCUACAACAGUCAAACUGGUUCUCAUAUGACGUGUACUCGCAAAAAGUAUUUUUGAUCUUAUGGGUGGCAGGCUCAAACGCGAACGAAAUGUGGAUAGGUCCACUGGCACCACUGAGCGUUUUAACAGGAACGGAUGUUGUGAAGAGCAUCUACUCGUACUUCAAUAUAAUGCUUGAAGUUGUUUAGGAAUUCUCGGUGUUGCUCUUCAACUAUUCCGCAUUGGACGCCUCUGCUUUUGAUUUUGCUGGUCUAGCAUUGUA